AGCAUCGAGCGAGAGAGGCUCUACCCAGGAAGAAAAAAAAGAAUGAAGAAUAAAGAUUCUAAAUCUGCAGCAUAUUCUGAUAAAAGUUCUAGGAUCAUUCCAAUGACUCUAAUGCUCAUUGUACUAUGUGGAUUUUCGUUCUAUCUUGGAGGCAUCUUUUACUCUGAAAAUAAUAGAUUCUUUAAGCAAAAUGUUGCACCUGCAAUUCAAUUGCGCAAGCAAGCUGUGGAAGCCCCUCAUCAGAUCGAGUCUGUUGAAGUCCCUGAGUGCAGUAGUGAUUAUCAAGAUUACACGCCUUGCACAGACCCCAAGAGAUGGAGGAAGUAUGGUAAUUACAGGCUUAGUUUCAUGGAGCGCCAUUGCCCGCCAAUGGUUGAGAGAAAAGAAUGCUUAGUGCCUCCUCCUCCUGCAUAUAAGGUGCCAAUUAGAUGGCCAAAGAGCAGAGAUCAAUGUUGGUACAGAAAUGUUCCAUAUGACUGGAUAAACAAUGAGAAAUCAAAUCAGCACUGGCUUAGAAAAGAAGGAGAAAAGUUCAUUUUUCCGGGUGGAGGUACUAUGUUUCCCAGUGGAGUUGGUGCUUAUGUUGACGUGAUGCAGGAUCUGAUCCCUGGAAUGAAGAAUGGAACCAUCCGGACUGCCAUUGAUACUGGGUGUGGGGUUGCAAGCUGGGGAGGUGAUUUGUUAGACCGUGGAAUUUUAACUGUUUCUCUUGCACCCAGAGAUAAUCAUGAGGCUCAAGUACAGUUUGCUCUGGAACGUGGCAUUCCAGCAAUUUUAGGCAUCAUCUCUACUCAGCGCCUCCCAUUCCCAUCAAAUUCAUUUGAUAUGGCGCACUGCUCCAGAUGUCUUAUUCCAUGGACAGAAUUUGAUGGACUUUAUCUACUAGAAAUACACCGAAUACUUCGACCUGGUGGCUUCUGGGUGCUCUCUGGACCACCUGUAAACUACGAAAACAGAUGGCGUGGAUGGAACACAACAGUGGAAGAGCAGAAAGCGGACUUUGAAAAAUUAAAGAAGUUGUUAACCAGCAUGUGCUUCAAACUCUACACUAUGAAGGAUGACAUUGCUGUGUGGCAGAAAUCUUCAGAUAGUUGCUAUGAUCGACUGACUCUAGCUUCUUUUCCACCAAAGUGUGACGACAGCAUGGAUCCAGAUUCAGCAUGGUAUAUACCACUUCGAACUUGCUUGAAUGCUCCAAGCCAAAAAUUGAAGAAGUCGGCACUAGAAUCUGCUCCAAGGUGGCCUGAAAGAUUGCAUAUAACUCCAGAACGCAUUGCUAUGGUUCCUGGUGGGAAUUCUGGUGGAUUCAAGCAUGAUGACAGCAAGUGGAAAGUGAGGAUAAAACACUAUAAGACAUUGCUUUCAGCCCUUGGAAGUGAUAAAAUUCGGAAUGUUAUGGAUAUGAAUACACUAUAUGGAGGUUUUGCUGCAGCACUCAUCAGUUAUCCUGUAUGGGUAAUGAAUGUUGUCUCCUCAUAUGGUCCAAAUUCCCUCGGUGUGGUCUAUGACAGGGGACUAAUUGGAACCUACCAUGACUGGUGUGAAGCAUUUUCAACAUAUCCUCGGACUUAUGACCUCCUGCAUCUUGAUGGUUUAUUCACUGCUGAAAGUCACAGAUGUGAAACAAAAUAUGUGCUCUUUGAGAUGGAUCGCAUUCUGCGUCCAAAUGGGUAUGUGAUAAUUCGUGAAUCAAACUAUUAUGUGGACUCCAUAGCAGCCAUUGUUAAAGGGAUGAGGUGGGGUUGCCAGAAACAUGACACUGAAAACAAUGUAGAGAAGGAGAAGCUGUUAAUAUGUCAGAAGAAACUUUGGCAUUCCAAGCGAAGUCAGCAGUAAGACACCAAAUCAUAUCAUGCAGCUCUGGAGUAGAAACAUAACAAAAUUCAUCAAUUUUUCCAAGGAAUAUGCAGAUUUCUCACAUCAUGCAUGGCUUAGAAAAAGUUUACUGCUCGUAGUUGAGAUUUGUUACAUGGCAUCCAGAGAAGUUUACUGGAAUAAUAGUUUACUUAAGUUUCACAUAUUCUUUUUAGUAGGAUUAUAAAUUGUUUUGGUGUAUGGAAAGUCAGGGUUAAAAAAAGCAUUUCUAUUGUGUAUAUCAGAUAAGUUUGUGGGCUUCGAGUUGGAUGAGAUGAACUCAAUUACAUGACAAAAUGUAUGUUCAAGGUGAAAUAUAAGGUGUAUCUUUUGGCAACCA